AUGCUGCUCCGGCUGCGCUGGGACGACGCCGACGCCGGGGCGCGCGCGCGGCUGUCCGAGAUCGUCGGGCGCAUCUGGGACGGCCUGCAGGGCGUCGACCUGGCCGAGGCCGCGCCCAUCCCGUCGGCGCUCUGGCUGGGCGCGGGCGGCGGCACCGCCCGCCGCGAGCCGCCGGGGCCGCCGGCCCCGCGCCUCGCUGCCGGCCCGGGUGCGGCUGCGGCCCCCGAAGGGAAGGCGGGGGAGGCCGCCGCGGCUCCCGGGCGUCGGGCCGAGGAGGCCCGGGGGCCGCCGCAGGAGCCCGCCGGGCACCCGCGGGGCGCAGAGGCGGCCCGCGCGGCCAUGGACCCGGGCCUUCAGGCGGCGCUGGACGGCCUGGAGCACGGCCUGCGGGAGCGACUGCGGGCGUUCGCGGAGCGGGCGAGCCCGGGGCAGCGGGUCAAGCUGCCGCUGGAGCUCCGCGCGGUGCAGCGCAAGGCCGUGCACCUGUGGGCCGAGGCGCACGGGCUGGGGCACAGGAGCUUCGGCUACCGCGGGCGCCGCCGCCUGCACCUGACCGCUCCAGGCUCCGCGGAGGCGGGCGGCGACUCUGGCGCCGCGGGCGCGGCGGCCGAGGAGUUUGACUGGGACGCCUGGCAGGAGGACGCCUCUGCCUCCGGCCAGAGCGACGAGGACGGCGCCCGGUAG